AUGUCAGUGUGCGUGGAUGUACCUGGAUAUGGGUCACUUCGUGUUGGCGCGCGCACUGCCGGCGAUGUUAUGUCAUUUUUGCGCGCCCGCUGGCCACGCUGUCCCUGGCAUGGCAACAAGCUGCUCUCGUGUGGACCUCGCCAAUUUCACCAUGAUGGGAUUGUCGCAGGCGAUAGUCUGGUUUUGGCAAAGUACUCGGCGAUCAACACUGAGGACGGGUUCCGCAUUGGAGACGUGGCAGAGAGGGGCAUUACAUUGGCCCACUUUGCAUUGGCCCACUUGCAGACAUUGGUCCAGCUCAUUGGGCGCGUGGCGAGCAGUUCGUGCGAGCCAUUUGCACAACGGCAGCGCUUGGAGGUGAAGCGUUUCAACUUCUAUCCUGCGAAUUAUUGGAUCAUCAAGCCAGCCACGGCGGGCUACACUGGAACAGCCUGCAGCUUGGUGGAGGUCAUGGCAGACAAACUUCAGCUGCCUCAGUGGUUUGUGUCGCAUGCUUGGAUCGAACCUCUGUGCGAGUUCUUGGCGUGUUUGGAAGCAUGCUUUGGUGCGGGAGCUACCUGA